ACCAUUCACAGCUGACCAAGCUAUUCGGGUAGCUUUUACUGUCAGAGCUCUCAAAUCAAAGGUUACGGUAAAAAUGGAACGGCAUGGACGAUUCCUUGAGUAAGAAUUACUUCAAUAGGUCGCACUCACAGGGAAGGGAUGAACACUUGACUGGAUGGCUAUCAAAAAUAGAUUGGAUUUUCCUCAAGGGACGUCAGAAGUGGGGGAAGUAUAGACCCGGCUGUCCUUCAUUUCUAUGUCCGCUGAGAACUAUUGGGGAAAAACGAGCUGAGAGUCCUGGGAAACCGAAUGCCCUUCAGGGAAUACCAAGAGCGCAAAUUGCGACUUGCUGGAGCAACAACCCUACUCUUCUACAAUAUGUAUCCUGUAGUGCAGCUGAUGGUGCAAGACGCGGAUCAUGCUACGUGGAAAAUUUUGCUCGUCCGUCAAACGAUUUUCCUGCAACUAGACUGUUGCAGCCUCCCUCAAAGAAUGAGUCCAGAACCCUCGGCCCUCAAGAUGACGGCCCUGGACCGCAUCGGUUGCACGUUCGGCUCCGACAGAAAGUCUGAGCCUUGAACGUUCGUGCUGGUCACGAUGGCUGGACGGCGAAUGGAAAGAAUAAGCUGCUGGAUAUGCCGGCAAUGCCGUAAUUGCAUCCCUCAGCUGAGCGGUGCUUGGCACCUGUAUGCCCCUUACAAAGCUCCGUGUGUGACGACGGAGGAAAGGCAUUUUGGGGUUGUGAGGGAGAUCAGGACAGCUGACCUGAGGUACGACAAGGCGCUGAUCCAUUGUAAGGUCGGCAAUAUUAGCCGCUUCCGGGCGUCUCCCUCUUCGCCCAGGUCAUGAGUUCUAACCAAGAAACUGCUGAUUAAUUACCCCUAGUUAUGCAAAUUGAAAUGCCGCUAGCGGUGAACAACGGGAGUGGGUUGCUCUCCUGGACGCCA